GUGUGCGACUCAUGGGAUGGCGCCGUUGGUCAAUAGGCGUCUCAAGUACACAACGAUACUUGGAAAACGGUUCCAGAUCUGACCAGUGGGCUCAGUGGAGACCACUUGGAAACAGUUGGGCAACCGUGGUCCGACAGAGCACAAUGACUACCGAUUCCUCCCUUUGUCGUAGUACUUUCCAUUGUCUAGAGCACCGGUGCCCAGUACCCGACCGCUGUCGACUUGGGUAAUCUACUAAGACGUCAUUUUCCGCGUAAUGCACUAGAAGCUUCCCAAAAUUCACCUUGGGAAGCUUCUCGUCUACCCGACCUUCAGAACGGACAAUG